AUGGGGAAGAAGGCCAAGCGGACAGUGUCUUCGCCUGUGGCACCCACGCCCCUCCACAAGCCUUUGCACAUCGCGUCACCACCCGUGGUCCUCGACAAACACUCCUGCAACGCUGAGUGCAGCUACGAGUACGACAACCUGCUGGCGGGCAGUCGUAUGGGCGUACGGCCCUUCCCACCAGCCCACGACCUAGAAAGUGGCGAAGAUAGGAAUGAUGGUCAAUGGCAAGUGUUGCACGCACUAGAUGGCGUGCUGUGUUUAGCCACACACCACGUGCUGGAGCUCGUGCAACUUAAGCACGCAAACUUUGGUAUCCGAUGGCGAGAUACGAACGUGGAGAGAGACGCAGAUGCCUUGCCGCCGAGCUGCAUGUUGGGGCCGCACUGGCACUUGAUGCUGACUACGUGGUCGGUUUUCUUCUUCUUAUCAACGAUAGUAAACGUGCUGACGUUCGAGAAGGCGGGAGUGGUGGAGCUGGGAGCUGGCGUGAUACUCUCGGGCUUGUGCUUAACGUGUUAUGCGCUGGUUGGGUGCUCUAACCCGGGCAUUGUCAAAAGGAUUGAGGUGCCGCUUGAUGAAACAUACACUUAUUGUGACCAUUGUGACUCGUACCGACCGGAAGGAGCGUUGCAUUGCAUGGACUGUCGGGUGUGUAUUGAGGAGUAUGAUCAUCACUGUCCGUGGACGGGGAAGUGCGUGGGCAAGGGCAACAUUCGCUAUUUCUACUGGUGGCUGCUGUUCUUGGUGCUGGCGUUCGUCUACGAGGUGAUCGAGUUCACGACAUAUUUGUUGCCCCCGGAGGGUCAAGACCUGCUGGACUCGUCGGACGACUCGCUGGAGAUCGUCUUCCCAGCCAUAUCGCCCACCCCACGUUUGUGAAAAGGAUUCGUCUUGCACGUAGGCAGCCGCGCUGGGCGAACUGCAAGUUGCAACUACCGAGAUCAAGGGCUUGCUUCAAGCGCCCUCGUCGAUCGCCGAGUCGACAGGAUUUGCAUGCAAGUGCAUGGACCACCAGAAAUUAGGACGAUUUUCUGAAAUUUGACACUUCCACGUCAGAAUCCAACACGUGGGCGCUACAGUGUGUCCAACCGGUGAAGAGUGUCACUUUACUGUGAGACGUAGGCCAAUUAUAAGUUGUAAUGCGCCAUAUUUAUAUUUA